AUGAGCGGUCGCCCUCUAGGAUCGACAGACACCACGGCAACCACAGCAGCUGCUGAAGUGGCAGCAGUUGUGCGAACCGGAGUUCACAAGAGGGCUGACGCAGCAGCCGUGUCUGCACCCGCAGCGGAGACUCCCACUGCCGCCUCGGCGGCUCUUCCAGCAACAGCCGCACCAGCACGCUACGCCUUCGCUGCAAGGGCGGCUGUCUGUCCGCGUCGCGCGACUGCAGAGGCAGUGGGCUCCUCUGCUGCUGCACCAGGGACUGCCGCGGCAUGCGGAAGCUGCUCGACGCGCUGCCUCGCACGAGCAGCCUCCGCAGCAGGAGAAACCUCCGGAAGCCCUCCAGCAGCUGUCGCCUGA